AUGACAGAUUCAAAUGAAACUACAGAACAACCAGUUAAAAAGUACGCCCAAUUGCUGUUUGGCCCUAGUGACGCUGAAAAGUCAGAUUAUAUAGAUGGUUUUAUUCAAUAUUUUGGGGAAAUACAACGAGAUUACAUAUUAUUAAACUUAGAUCCAACAACAAGCAUAAAAAGCGAAUAUUUUCGAGAUGAUAUACGAAAUGAUAUCUUUGAAACAUAUGAUUACUCUACUCAUGAAAACAGAUAUUUAGAAUAUUGUUUAAAUUGCAUAAAUGAAGUAUUUGAAUCACAAGAAUGGGUAGAUAGAACAUUUAAUGAAGCAGAUUGUCCAUAUUUUAUUAUAAACUUUCCUACAUCAAUUUCGAUUUCAAUUAAUUAUGAUGAAAUAUCACGUAUUAUGUCAUAUUUGCAUGAAAUUAACUUUAACUUUGUUUGUAUUAAUUUAAUUCCUGCAAAUUGUAUAAAUUCACCAAAAGACGUAUUUGCUUCUUUUCUUCUAACGACGUCAACUUUUAUAGAACCUAUAAUUCAUCAGUGUCCUAUUUUGAAUGUGAUAUGCGGCUAUAAUCUAGUUCAUGAUAAUCAUGCAGAAUUUAUUGAUGAAUUAGCAAUAAUUCCUAUUGCUGAUAUGUUGAAUAAGGUAAAUGAAGAAUUUAGUAUCGUUGAACCAUUAAGUACAAAUAUUGCUAGAGUUUUUGAUUCAUUUGAUGCAUUUUCGAAAUUAUUCAUCUUUAAUUCUCAUGAUAACCAAAAUAUCAAAGAGUUUGUUUCAAUAACUGACGAUAUUCUUGAGUGUGUUUUCGAGGAAGGCGAAUAUUAG